AGUUUCAAUUAAUUGAAGUAAAAAUCACCAUGAAGGCUUUCAUCGUUCUGGUUGCCCUGGCUCUGGCCGCUCCUGCUUUCGGUCGCACCAUGGACCGUUGCUCCCUGGCCCGCGAGAUGUCCGACUUGGGCGUUCCCCGCGAUCAGCUGGCCCGCUGGACCUGCAUUGCCGAGCACGAGAGCUCCUACCGCACCGGCGUUGUCGGACCCGAGAACUACAACGGCUCCAACGACUACGGAAUCUUCCAGAUCAACGACUACUACUGGUGCGCUCCUCCCACCGGUCGCUUCUCCUACAACGAGUGCGGCCUGAGCUGCAACGACCUCUUGACCGACAACAUCGAGCGCUCCGUCCGCUGCGCCCAGAAGGUCCUCUCCCAGCAGGGCUGGUCCGCCUGGUCCACCUGGAAGUACUGCGACGGCUCCCUGCCCUCCAUCAACGAUUGCUUCUAAGAAGCAAUUCAAUUCUGAUUCCCAUUCAAUAAACUAUGAUUGCAAGCUGA